CUCACAUUAAAGCUCGGCAGUUCGUCGUUCUAUUAUAAUCUAAUGCUAGGCGAUCUACUAUAUAGUGUGGAUUUAUAAAAGUCAUGGCUUUACAGGUAAUACAAGUACUGUUACAAAUAAAUAAAUAAAUUUAUUACCUUAUUCGCUAUAUCCCUUCAUAUUUAUUUAUGUAUUUGUAUUUAAUAAUUGUUUAUAUAAAAAUAUAUAAUUUAUAUUGAUAGCGUGUAUAUAUAUAUAUAUAUAUAUAUAUGUAUUUGAACAUUUGCAAGUACAACUCUUGUUCUUAUGUACUAAGUUUUAAAUACAUAUAUACAUGAAUACAAAAGUAUAGAUAUAUAUAUAUAUAUAUAUAUAUGUAUACUUAUAGGAUUUAUUAAUAAAUAUGUCCUUAGAAUGAAGAGAUAUAUAAAUAUAGAUAUAUCAAUUUUGUAUGUAUAUAUUUAUACAUAAAAUUACAAUUAUAUGUCAUAAGUUUAACAUAGAAUAUAUACAAUAUACAUAUGUAUAUAUUUAUAUGUGCUUAAGUUCAAAUAUGUGUUUAUGCAUAUUUAUAAGCAUACGCGUUAAUAUAAGUGAAAUUUUUUGAUGCGAACGCUCUUUUUUUAAUUCGUAAUAUAUCUCAACAUAAAAGGGAGAUAUUAGCAUAUAUAUAUAUUAAUUAGAAUAAUAUACAAUCUGCCAGUAUGCUUGGCCAGUGUACUUGAGUUUUUAUUAGAAUAAUAAUGUAUAAUGAGGGGCAUAAAUUUCAUAUAUUCACUAUCUGUCUCUUUUUCGUAGUCUGCAGCCGUGACGCCUUCAAUGCGUAAUUCGUCAAGCAGUGACGAAACAUCACGCUGUGAAAGUAAUCGACCCACUACCGAUGCGCAUUCGGAUAAAAAGAUGUGGUGCAAUCAGCCUCAAGCCUUAACACCUUCCUUUCCAAGAUUCCCGCUUCCAGAAACUGCGUUUUCGUUGCCAGCACCACCAGGACUUUUUCAUGUGCCACAGGAAGCGUUACCUCACAUCCAGAGUUCCUACGAUUUAAAAGAAACGUCUGAUGUUGUUAGAAAUCUCGGCCUACCGUCCGGAUAUGUCUACGAUCCAAGCUUGGCCGCCUCAUACGCCUACGCAAACAGUGCUAUGGAUUUGAAUGCUCGCCGGAAGAAUGCGACUAGAGACGCUACAAAUACUUUAAAGGCCUGGUUGUAUGAACACAGAAAGAAUCCGUACCCUACUAAAGGGGAAAAGAUUAUGUUGGCAAUUAUAACUAAAAUGACUCUAACUCAAGUAUCCACCUGGUUCGCUAAUGCUCGUAGACGACUGAAGAAAGAGAAUAAAAUGACCUGGUCACCGAGAAAUCGCAACGACGAGGAAGAAGAGGAAGAAGAAGAAGAGGAGGAUGUAAAGAAAUCGAGUUGUGAGAAAUCCACGACUGAGUCGGAUGAAGAAGUUAUUAUUGAUGACGACAACACCGAGGAAGAAAAGGAGAGUCGUCUCGCUCCAGCUGAACCGUCGCCUCCUGCAGCUGCGACCAAGCCAAAAAUUUGGUCGUUAGCCGACACGGCGAUCUCUAAUAAAGAGCCUUCGCAAAAGAACAAACUCACACCUUCGCCGUCUAAUUUGCUAUUUACUCACUGGUUGUCGGGAUUACCUACGCCUCUGUUUAGACCCUAUAAUACCCCCCACAGUUAG